UCUCUCUCUGGCUCCUGAUGGCAUGCUGAGUUUGGGAUUGCAGGAGGGAGAUGUCUCACACAGCCUGACAUGAAAACACACUCUUAGAGAAAAACAGCAGCAUCCAUAGUGCAAAACUAAGAGGAAUCAUAGUCAGCAUUUACCUGGGCCUUUUCAACUUUAGAGAUGGCCCGGAUAUGCGGUCACCACGAGACCAGUGUGCCAGUGGUGAGUGUAGGAUUACUACUACUGAUGUGUGCAACAUGGGCCGAACCAUACAGGCCCCCUUACACUGAGACAGACCGUGAUCGAUAUGACCCCCGGGAUCACCACCAAAACACAGACUACGAUCAAGACACCAGUGGCAGCAAGACGACUGGGUGCCGGCGAUGUUGUGACCCAGGAGAGGAGCCUCUCCAAUAUGGCAGCACUUACCCACAAUACCAGGUUGUUCCACAGAUAAACAUCACCAUUCUUAAAGGGGAAAAGGGAGAAAACGGCCAGCGUGGACCCUAUGGCAAAGUAGGCAAGACAGGGCAUACAGGCCCAAGAGGACCCAAUGGCUUAAAGGGCUCCAAGGGCAAUAUCGGAACCCCAGGAGAACCCUGUAAAUCCUACUAUUCUGCCUUUUCAGUAGGCCGAAAGAAAGCCCUGCAUAGCAAUGACUACUACCAGACGCUGGUGUUUGACACAGAAUUAGUCAACCUGUAUGGCCAUUUCAACAUGUUUACAGGCAAAUUCUUUUGCUACGUGCCAGGAAUUUACUUCUUCAGCCUCAACGUGCACACAUGGAACCAGAAGGAGACGUACCUGCAUGUGAUGAAAAACGAGCAGGAGAAGGCCAUCCUGUACGCACAGCCCAGUGAUCGCUCUAUCAUGCAGAGCCAGAGCCUGAUGCUGGAGCUGGAGAGAGAUGACGAGGUGUGGGUUCGCCUCUAUAAGGGGGAGAGAGAGAAUGCCAUCUUCAGUGAUGACUUCGAUACCUACAUCACCUUCAGUGGUUACCUCAUCAAAGCCAAGAGUGAAGUUUAGCAGACCUCAGUGAUGUACUAGCAGGCGUAAAAUACAUACCUUUGCAUAGAGCCAUGGAAAUAGCAUCUUAUUGCUUAUUUUAUAUCUUUUAUAUUGGACAUUUAGUGUUUAUAAAAAUUCCUUCUGGAUUUAUUUAAUCUGAGUAUAAAGUAUACAGGGAGAGGGGAAUAUCAGAGGUGUUGGGAGCAUAAAGCUGAACCAAGGACUAAAAUAAAGUAUGGCUUAUGACCUCUAUUACUCUAUUAUACUCAAAUAUUUAUUUUGUAAAGCUUAGCUAUGAAAGAGAGUGAUGUUACUGUAGGUUUGUUUCACAGGUCAACACAACACAUGUCUACCUGUAUUUAUUAUGGGUUUGGUGCCUCAUCUUGCACUAGUUGAUGGAAUAUGUUGCAAAAGGUGCUCUGAUCAAGUACGACGCAGUUCAAUGGUACUGUUGAACAAGCACAUAUUAUCUGGAAUAGGAUUCUAUAAUAAAUGUAUUUUUGUAUUAUUAGAAAUUGCAUUUACAGCAUUUUACACUCAAAUAAUAUAAACAAUGCAAUCUCAAAUUCUAGGAAAUAUUAAAAAAAGAGAGAUUUAACGUUAAUGCUUUAUUUAUGGUUUGUUCCUUAAAAGUUUGUCAGAUCCCUCCUGAAAAUUAAACUACAUGAGAGAUCUCAGAUCCCAUGGCACUUUACAGGAAAUACUUAAUAAAAGCGAAGUGGAGGCUUCA